UCGGAUGGAACCCUUGUUGGAGUUGGCUGCACGGGGGACGUGUAUUUAUGUCACACUGGGCACAAAAAAAAAUGGAAAUUAGCAUCGUUGAUGUGUUUCAUGUUUGCUCGUCGGUCUCUGCUCGUGCUAACUGAUCCGGUCGGUGUGUGCGGGGCGUGCGGGCUUUCCUGAACAGCGACAGCGUGGCCGCGUGACAAGGGCUCCUCAUGAAGGUGUGUAGGUAAUACUCUGAGAGCCUUGUAAGACGCCAUGUCUGAAGAGGCCAUUUCGGAAAGUGACCUGGAGCCCAGCCUUAACAGUGAAGAGGAGUAUCUGGAAAAUGAGGAAGACGAGGAAAUGGAGGACAUGGAGGAAGAUGAGGAUGAAAAUGAUGGAGACGAUGAAGAUGAUAGCGUUGAUCGACCUGCGAGCGCCCAGAGCAGGGCAGAAACGACCCAGGAUGGCAGGGACUCCGCUUCAGCUACCUCUGGAGAGCCAUCCUCAGAGCCUCCGUCUCGCCCUGCGUCCCCCUCGUCCUCCAGGUCUCCCUCCAGGCCCGCCUCUCGCUCUCAGCCUCCGACCAGCCCGGAGAACUCGAGCCAGAGCAAGCCACCCUCCAGCAAAACAAAGAAACAAAAAGCCUCUAAAUUAACCAAAUCCUCAAAGUCUUCAAAAGGCUCCAAACUUUCUAAGCCAUCUAAGCCUGCACACAUGAGGAAGAAUAUCAGAAAGCUGCUCAAAGAUGAUCAGCUGGAGGCCGGGACCAAGGCUGCUCAGCAGGAGGAGAUGGACAGGCGGAAACGCCUGGAGCAGCAGAGGAAGGACUUUCCUACACCGGCCCCAACGGUCCCAGACUCUCAGCUAGUGGAGGCUGCUUCACUUUUAGGGGAAGUAUCUCACUUUGUCCCUGAUCUCCGGAGCAAGCAGGACGUGAUCUGUCUGGACAGCAGCGGUGACGAGGAUGAAAAAGUGGACCCCAAGCUGCCUGCCCUUUGCCACUCUGCCAUUAGAGAUGAUAUAAUCGAGCUUAGUUCCGGGGACGAGGAUGCCCAGCAGAUAAGCAGCGAGUCGGCCGACGAGGAUGCCGAUGGCACCAACGGCUCAGAGGAGAGCAGCGGGGCGCACAUCAACGACGCUUUAAACCUGCCUGACGCCCAGGGUCAAGUGCUGGUUAAUAUCAAUCACCCUGCAGAGGAGAAAGACCUUUACCUCGCACCACAGCUGGCCAGGGCUGUCAAACCUCACCAGAUCGGGGGAAUCCGGUUUCUUUAUGAUAACCUCAUCGAGUCUCUGGAACGCUAUAAGACCAGCAGUGGCUUUGGGUGCAUCCUCGCUCACAGCAUGGGGUUAGGCAAGACCCUGCAGGUCAUUUCCUUCAUUGACAUCCUGCUGAUGAAUACCGAGGCUCACACUGUGCUGGCCAUUGUUCCUGUGAACACGCUUCAAAACUGGCUGUCGGAGUUUAACCUCUGGCUCCCACCCCAGGAAGCCCUUUCCCCUGACACCGACCCAACACUCGUCACAGGCCGAGCAUUCAAAGUUCACAUUCUCAACGACGAGCACAAAACAACGCUGGCCAGGGCUAAGGUUGUGGAGGACUGGUCCAGAGAUGGAGGGGUGUUGCUGAUGGGUUAUGAGAUGUACCGCCUGCUGUCCAUGAAGAAGAGCUUUGUGAUGGGCAAGAAGAGGAAAUCGAAGAAGCCAGCAGGACCAAUCAUUAUUGACCUGGAUGAAGAAGAUAGACAGCAGGAGCUCAUGAAAGGUAUUGAAAGAGCCAUAGCGCGGCCUGGCCCAGAUGUGGUGAUAUGUGACGAGGGUCAUCGCAUUAAGAACUACCACGCCAGCACGUCACAGGCUCUGAAGAACAUCCGCUCCCGGCGCAGAGUGGUACUGACGGGUUACCCGUUGCAGAACAACCUCAUCGAAUACUGGUGCAUGGUGGACUUUGUUAGGCCCGACUUUUUAGGCACGCGUCAGGAGUUCAGCAACAUGUUUGAGCGUCCCAUUCUGAACGGGCAGUGCGUGGACAGCACGCCUCAAGACGUCCGCCUGAUGCGCUACCGCAGCCACGUACUGCACAGCCUGCUGGAAGGUUUCGUCCAGAGGCGUGGUCAUGAUGUGCUGCGAGACCAGCUUCCCUCCAAGGAGGAGCAUGUGAUCUUGGUGCGGCUCUCUCCCAUUCAAAGGGCGCUGUAUACCGAGUUCAUGAAACGCUUUCGAGAAGCGGGGAACAACGGCUGGCUCGGUCUGAACCCACUCAAAGCUUUCUGCGUGUGCUGCAAGAUCUGGAAUCACCCAGACGUCCUCUAUGAAGCCCUGCAGAAGGAGAAUCAGGCCAAUGAGCAGGACCUGGACCUCGAUGACAUCACCUCGGCUAGUAACCCCCGUUGCCCUGGCUCGGGUGCUGGCCUCAAAGCCAAAGUAGCCGACUCGAGCAACAGCAAAGUCAACAACACCCUGCCACCACUCAAUCCCUCCCAAGAUAGAGCCAAUCAAGUCAUCACAUAUGAAUGGGCAAAGGACAUAAUGUCAAACUACCAGACAGGAGUUCUGGAGAACUCUGCCAAGAUGCUUCUGCUCUUCCAUUUGAUUGAUGAGAGUGUGAGAAGAAGAGACAAGAUUUUGGUCUUUAGUCAAAGUUUGUCCACCCUGACCGUCAUUGAGGACUUCUUAUCAAAGAGACCCAUGCCGACAGGCAUCGCCUCCUCUGACACCAAGAGCCAAACCUGGGUUCGCAACCUCAAUUACUACAGAUUGGACGGGAGUACAUCUGCCUCAGAAAGAGAGCGGCUUAUCAACCAGUUUAACGACCCAGAGAACACUGCAACAUGGGUAUUUCUACUUUCAACAAGAGCGGGCUGUUUGGGGGUAAAUCUGAUUGGGGCCAACCGCGUCGUCGUGUUUGAUGCCUCCUGGAACCCAUGUCACGAUGCCCAAGCGGUGUGUAGGGUGUACCGCUAUGGACAGAGGAAACCCUGCUUCAUUUACCGCCUUGUGUGUGAUUUCACCUUGGAGAAAAAGAUCUAUGACCGACAGGUCUCCAAACAGGGCAUGUCUGACCGCGUGGUUGACGACCUGAACCCUGUGCUGAACUUCACUCGUAAGGAAGUGGAGUCGCUGCUGCAUUUUGUGGAAGAGGAACCCGACAAAAUCUCUCUGGAAACCCGGGAGGAGUUAGAGACAGUGAUAUACCAAGCUUGUCAUCUUUACCCACACCUCAUCACCAAGCAACCUUUCCAUCAUGAGUCUCUCCUGGUCGACCGCAAGGAGUCGAAACUGACCAAAGCAGAGAAGAGAGCCGCCAAGAAGAGCUACGAGGAUGAAAAACGAGCCUCGGUGCCCUACUCUCGCCCAUCGUAUGCCCCCUAUUACCCAACCAGUGACCAGGCACUCUCAAACAUACCGGCAUUUAACCAACGUGGCUGGCGUCCCAUGGCACGGCCAGAUGACAAGCCCGUGGCAAGUGUCAGGCCCAUCCAGUCGACCCCAAUCCCUAUGAUGCCUCGCCAGGUCGGCAUGGGCAUGGCUGGCUCCAGUUCAGCUGGCAGCCUGCCUGUCAACUUCCUGCAGAAAGCCGGAGUUUAUGUGCAGAGGAUCGUCACCACGACUGAUAUUGUAAUUCCAGGAGCCAACAGCACAACCGACGUUCAAGCUCGGAUCAGCGCAGGAGAGAGCAUCCAUGUCAUCAGAGGAUCUAAAGGUACCUACAUCAGGACGAACGACGGAAGAAUUUUUGCUAUUCGAUCUGGAAAGAUCAGUAGACCGGCAAUCGGGGGCUCAGCUGCUUCGAGAGACACCCAGGGUUCCCUGAGCCAUCCAGUCAGUAAUGGCUGUUCAUCCCCUGUGGAUCAACAGCAGCAAUCCCCCAACGGCGAGCAGCGGCCCUCCUCUCCCUUAAGCUCUGAGAUUCUCAGAGAGAUCAGCCGCUACACCUCGUCCACAAGCGACGCCGCUGCCGCCGGCAUGGGGAAUGAACUGCCGUCGCCGUCGGACGCGUCGGCCGUGCCAGCAGGGGAUGAAGGCAGCUCGCAGAACAAUGAGACCAGUGAUCUCGGUAGGCAGCUCGGUGACGACCUCCUGAGCUCGGCUUUGGAGAUGCGCGGGAGCAAACGCAGGAGUACUGAAAACCAGGGCAACACACAAAUAGGAGGCAAGCGCGCCUCCGCUGCGGCGCAUUUCCCUGGACUGUCCAUGAGCUCUGGUGGGCUCAGUUUCCCUCCCGUGGGUCUGAACUCCUCCUCCUUACUGGGAAACCUAGGUCACAUGAGUCACCAACUUCUGAUGGGUGGUAGCAGUGGGUCAUCAUUCCUUCAAACGCCAGGACAGACACUAGCUGACCUCCAGGCCAUGUUCCCCUCUGCAGGUUCGGACCUACUGAGACAGUCUGCCACAGGGAACGGACACCUUUCCACCCCCUCCUCGUCCUCUCUGCCCACUGUUUUCUCCUCCGCUUCCACCACCAUGCCUAUGUCAUCCUCACCCACGGCGGCGCCUUCUUCCUCCCUGGCAUCAGGUUCUCUGCCUCCGUACUUGAUGAAUCCCAACAUGGCCGGCCUGCUCUCGACAGGCUUCCCACUCAGUCAGUACAGUCAGUCGCUGCUCUCCGAGCCCAGGAUGUUCUCCUCCCCUCUCCUCUCCGGGUCGGGGGGAUUCCCUACACCCAACUCCAGCUCUACUACAUCCAGUUUCCUCUCCCAUUUCAACAAUCCAACUUCCAGCCUGUUGGGGGCAGCUCUGACGCAACCGGACCGACAUCAGAGUACGGAGAACGGUGGCAGUAGUUCUGACGACGACGUUAUAGAGGUGACAGGACAGUAAAACUCAAACAGCCCCGGAGAGGCCGUCUCACACACACUUUAACAAUCCUGGUUAACAUAACGUACAUUAGGAAUGGGAAUGAUUAUGCGGUAAAUGUUACGGUAUCUGCCCUUUUGGUUUAGAUCCAUGAAUGUGAGAACACAUGAGCAAAGUAAGGUCAAGAAAAAAAUGUGAAAAUAAAUAAAACUUGUUAAUCCUGAACAUACAAUGACAAGUUAAAUGUGUUUCUAGCCAUUCAAACAGUUUGUCAUAAACUGCAUUCCCAUUCCUAAUCACACACACACAUACGCACACACGUGGACUCUCACCUGCAAAACGAGAGACUCAUCUUGUACCUUAAUGACUUCACAAAGUCAGAGUAACAAAUCCUUAUGCUGAAUAUCGCAGACUUGUUCAGCUGGAGCAUCAGAGCAGUGGGAACAGACGCUUGUCGUACGGGGGACCAGCUGAAUUCUUUCGGGAUGGAGGGAGGGUGGUGGCUUUCUAAGCACAGCCUCUCCUGUUACACUUUUAAGCCUCGCCGUGCUGUUAAGUUUCAAUGUCCUCUGAAUUCAGGUGGAAUAAUGUGAUGAAAAGCUGAGCGCAAACCAGGGUUUGACUCGCUUUUGACAGCCGCGCUCACCUGCUGAACACUAAUUUACUAAUUCCUCGUCAGCGGUUUCCUUUUUCUAGUGAACAAAACUGGAAAAAAAAAAUACACACACCACAGUAAACAGCAGCAGUGGCUACAAACUCCACUUGACAGUGUAUUUAGAGAGAAAUCCUUCAAGGCUUACCUUUAACAACAGAAAUUUUAGGCUUUCAGAGCAUAUUUUAGUCUUUAGCAAUUUGAUAGACAUUGUAGCAUCCCCUGUCGAAAGGAUAUUAUGUGUGAUACUAUAACUGAACAUGUUGAUACUUUGUAAAUAGUCAUUAUCAUUGUUUUUAUUGCAAGUCAAUACUGUGCAGUGUGUAGAUUUGGUCGUAGGGAGAUGGUUCAUUAUCACAGCGACUAUCAUGACGAGAAAUAAGCCCUCGCGUUGAUGCAGGAGAAACAAAUUUCUGUUCAACUUUAUAAUUUCCUUCCUUUUUUUAAUUUUUUGUUCAUUUAAACCUAAAAUGAAUGUACUUUCAUGUUAGCCUUUGAUAACACAGGGGCUGGGGACAAGGAUUCGGACUGUGUUCUUUAAUUUUUAGCCUUAAAUAAAUAACACAAAGGGGUCUUGAGUCUUAGCAUUUAUCUUAGUACAUUCUUUUUUUUACGAAGAACUACUGAGCAUCUAGACAGUCGGUGUCACACUCGAACACAAGUGUAGGGCAGGUUCAGCAUUGCGACUAAAAGCACCAAGUGUUGGAGCCUAGAAAGGAGCACAAACCAAGAUUUAAUGUUGCUACAUCAUUGAGCAGAAACUUGUCUUUAUGUUGCCCCAUACGUCAUCUGUCGAUACGCCAUCUGUCGGUCAAUCUACAUGUAGUUUCUUAUGGGUUUUUUUUUUUUUUUAGAACCUCGCUGAGAACAGACAUAAACCUAAACUGUAGAAAAACAUUGCAUUCAUGCAGCAUGAGUGUCUUUAGUCAACGAUGCCACCAACCAUCGAACCGGAUAACAUUUCACAACAACCACCUGUGACGGACAGAAGCAGGUCAGGUGGUGUGGUGGCCUUACCCAGCUGACGGUGCCAUUACGUGGUAGCUUUUCACAGAGGUGCAUCUUUUUUAAAAGCAGUGCAGUGUUAAGUAGCUUCCGUCAGUAGUGUCAGUCGGUAUCCGCAGUGCUUUAGGGCGUUUGCUGUUCUCUGUAGCCUUGUGUUUCCGUGUUGUGAUGACACCUCAUGGUAUGUAGAUUUAGGAAAGUCAAUUUCCUCCGUUGGUAAAAAAAUAAAUAAAAAUAGGCUAGACACAGUGGUUAUUAGCCUUUUAGAAAACACUGGAUAACCUGAGACAACAGGUCAUUCCCUAUGAAGUUACAGUUUUUGUAGAGAUGUUUUCUUGUGGGUAUCUUUUGCUCCCACACUCACUGAGUACUGUUUUUAUUUGCUACUGGCUCAUUCCCUGAUAUUCUUUUGUUACAGACGCUUCAUUUCUGUCAUCUCCAGUUUUCUUCUGCACGUCUUGGGAACUUGUGAUGGGUUAGUUUCAAAUUUGAAUGCAGAGCUGGCACUUUGAGAAAAAACAAAAAAAGGAUCAUAUCUACUUGUGAACUGUACAAAAGGUACAUCGUACUGACACCACGUCUUUAUUCUCAGUCCUCUCAAUCCUUCGGAAAACACUUUGCAUUUGAAUCUUGGGAAUCAUCAGUUUAUAAACAAACAACAAAAAACUUGUCUGCCAUUUCUUGUCAGUUAUGUGCAUUUUUAUGUUUCAUGGGAAUUUUUUCAUUUUUAAAAAAAAUGUUUUUUAUAACUUCUUAUUGGUGUUCACUCACCUGGCAGUCGUUUCUCCCUUAUUUCAAUGUAAGUGUCUGAAAUUUAUUUAUUUAUGAUGGAAAAUAUAUUGUUUUUUGUAAUUGCAUUUUUUAACCUUUUGUUCUCUUUGACCCAUUGAUGGCUGAUCCAGUAAGAAUUUCGUACAUGCAGCCUAGAUCGAAGAAGAAUAUGACUGUGUUAUCAAUGUUAUUUUAACAAUAAAACACUCUUCUAUUGCAGUGUGAA